AGAAAACCCCAAUUUUGAAAGUAAAAUUUGUUUAAAAACACAUGUUUCUGCAUUAAACCGAAACAGUUUUCACUAGAACGCGAAUGAAAUGCGUGUGUGGUAUUUUCUAACGUUAAUCGGAUGCUUGGGGAUUGCCUUGAUCUCUUCGAAACCCUUGGAGGAGGCUGAUGAUAAAAAAACAAAGGUUCAGGAGGAAGAAGAAACUUAUGUAUCGAUCGAACCUACUGCUGAGGAUGCUCGAGAUGAGGACAUAGAAGCAAGUGGCGACGAAGAAGCUGGUGGUGAAGGGAAAGUUUACUAUAUAGAAGUGGAGGACGAUGAAAGUGAUGAUGCAACUGUCGAUAAGCCCAUCGACGAAGAACCUUAUAAUUUUCUUAAAUACCCAGAACACGAACCCGACUUCAAGCCAUAUCCCCGCUUCGCCAUCCUUAAAAAUGGAUUUGUGAAUCAUGUGAACCUAGACUUUUAACAUACACAAUCAAUAAAAAAUAAAUGAUAACGAUGUGUUUGCA